AAGUUUUUAAGUUUUAACCGACUCAUGCGCUCCUCUGUUCUUCUGUUUUUGAAAUCAGUCCAGCCCAGCCUAGGCCAGGUACACGCAGAAGAAAAAAUGCCCCUACAUGAGCAGAGUAACACCUAACAGACUGAGUAAUAAACUGACCUGCUUCUCUCCCUAUGUCUUUCUCCCUUGCUGAUAUGGGAAUGGCAGUAGCUGCUCUUCCCGAAGCAGUAGGAGGAGGGAGUUUGGUCCUCCACCAUAGUUCUCCAGAAAAGAGUAGCAGCCCCAGGACACCCAAGCCUGCGUAUAGGGUUUUGCUGCCUCUGCGCAGCCCCAACAAGUCACGUACUGUGCUUCCACCUAUGAAACCCAAGUCCUCUGGUUGUUCUCCUCAUAUAUCAACUAAAAAGAAGAAGAGGAAGAGUGCUUCCUCUACCACUCCGGAUUGCACCACUUCUGAUGUUCUGAACUUAAUGGAUUCCCUUUGUCUCCCCGUCUCUCCUGACAUGUACACUUCUUUUAUAAGAGAAUGCACCAGCUCUGCUCACUCCCAUCGAUCUGAUGAUCUGCACGCCCAUAUCAGGCGAAGCGGCCUCCGGCAACCACCCUUAUCUUUAUUGAAUCGCCUCCUCCUUAUGCAUGUCUCCUGUGGCCAUUUAGACAUGGCCCGCCAUCUGUUUGAUGGAAUGCCCUCAAAAGAUUUUAAGUCCUGGGCCACCAUCAUAGUUGCUUAUCUUAACAGAGAUGAUUAUGAGGAAGCCAUGAAUUUGUUCCUGAAAAUGGUGCACCAUGUCAGCAUGCUAGAAUUCCCUGCUUGGAUCAUGGUCUGCCUGCUCAAGUCGUGUAUAUGCAGGAGUAAUAUGGAUUUAGGGAAACAAGUUCAUGGCUGCUCCUUAAAGUUGGGCCAUGCUAAUAAUUUGGUUCUGGCUAGUUCCUUGAUAAACUUUUAUGGGAAAUUUAGGUGUCUGGAAAGUGCCGACAUAGUGUUUAACCAACUAGCCCAUCAUAAUUCACUGACAUGGAUUGCUAGACUGAUCAACAACUCCAGGGAAGAGCUCUUCUUUGAAGUAUUUAGAGACUUUAGGGAAAUUGGAAAGUCAGGAAUUAAGAAGAAUGCAUUGAUGUUUUCUAGUGUUUUGAAGGCAGGUGCGAGAAUGCAUGAUCGUGGGCAAUGCGGUCGACAAGUUCAUGCAAACGCCAUCAAACUUGGAUUAUAUACAAACGUGUAUGUGCAGUGUGGGUUGGUUGACAUGUAUGGAAGAAGUGGUCUUGUUAGAGAUGCAAAAAGGGUGUUUGAAAUGUGUAGUGACAAAAGUAGUAACGCAUGUUGGAAUGCCAUGAUUGGUGGUUAUAUACGAAAUGGGUUAUAUGUUGAGGCCAUUAAGUUCCUCUAUGAGAUGAAGGCAACUGGACUGCAGCUUCAACCAUCUCUGCUAGAUGAACUGAGGAUUGCUUGUGGUAGUAAUACUCAUUCCCUUGAAGAACUUUACCCCACAUUGAAUGCUUAAAGCAACACUGGUUUUUGAACAAGCAAAUAAAAGAUUGAAUACCAAAACAGAGAAUGAAGUUAAAAUUUGGGAUAAGAAAGGCAUUGCAGCUAUUACCCUUGUUAUUGUUAAUAGAUUUUAGGAUCAUAAACUCGAAUGGCAGAAUCUUGGCUAGCAAAUUUAGUACCAUUUUGUAUAUAUCAAUCAACAGUUCACUGUCUUUUGUUGGGAUCAAAGAUUUACAUAUAGUCGUCUAUUGUCAAACAAAAUGACAUUUGGUGAUUGUUGUAUUUAUUGUCAAACAAAAUGACAUUUGGUGAUUGUUGCAUUUCUCUUUUUGGGGUUCUUAAGAUUAAGGAUACAAUUCAUCAAUAUAUAUUAGAGUUGUUACUUGCUA